CCGUGCCGCCGCCCAACGCUCCGCGGCGAUGCCGGCGGUGCAGAAAACGGUGUCGGAGAUCCGCUCCCGCGCGGAGGGCUAUGAGAAGACAGAUGAUGUUUCAGAGAAAACUUCUCUGGCUGAUCAAGAAGAAUUGAGAACUAUAUUCAUUAAUCAGCCCCAGUUAACCAAGUUCUGUAAUAAUCAUGUCAGCACUGCAAAGUACAACAUUAUCACAUUCCUGCCAAGGUUCCUUUAUUCCCAGUUCAGAAGAGCUGCCAAUGCUUUUUUUCUUUUUAUUGCAUUACUUCAGCAAAUUCCAGAUGUAUCACCAACAGGCCGUUACACAACAUUGGUCCCUCUCUUAUUUAUUUUAGCCGUAGCAGCAGUGAAGGAGAUAAUAGAGGAUAUUAAAAGGCAUAAAGCUGAUAAUGCGGUGAACAAGAAACAAACUCAAGUGCUACGAAAUGGUGCAUGGGAGAUUGUCCACUGGGAAAAGGUAGAUGUUGGAGAUAUAGUUAUAAUAAAAGGCAAAGAGUAUAUACCUGCUGACACUGUACUGCUCUCAUCAAGUGAACCACAAGCUAUGUGCUACAUUGAAACAUCUAACUUAGAUGGUGAGACAAACUUAAAAAUUCGACAGGGUUUGCCCCUAACAUCAGAUAUAAAAGACAUAGAAAGCUUGAUGAGACUUUCAGGCAGAAUUGAAUGUGAGAGCCCAAACCGACAUCUGUAUGACUUUGUUGGAAACAUCAGACUGGAUGGGCAUGGUACUGUUCCAUUGGGAUCUGACCAGAUUCUUCUACGAGGAGCUCAGUUGAGAAAUACUCAGUGGGUUCAUGGGAUCGUUGUCUAUACAGGACAUGACACAAAACUUAUGCAGAAUUCAACAAGUCCACCUCUUAAAAUGUCUAAUGUGGAACGUAUUACCAACAUUCAGAUUUUGAUUCUUUUCUGCAUCCUUAUUGCCAUGUCUUUGAUCUGCUCUAUUGGUUCAGCUGUAUGGAAUCGGAGGCAUACUGAAAGAGAUUGGUAUCUUGAUCUAAAUUAUGGUGGAGCAAGCAACUUUGGUUUGAACUUCUUGACUUUUAUCAUUCUCUUCAAUAAUCUAAUUCCGAUCAGUUUGUUGGUUACACUUGAAGUUGUUAAAUUUAUCCAAGCAUAUUUCAUAAAUUGGGACAUAGACAUGCAUUAUGAACCUACUGACACUGCUGCAAUGGCUCGGACUUCCAAUCUCAAUGAAGAACUUGGGCAGGUCAAAUACAUAUUUUCUGACAAAACGGGUACUCUGACAUGUAACGUCAUGCAAUUUAAAAAAUGUACUGUGGCAGGAGUUGCUUAUGGCGAUUGCCCUGAACUUGAGGACUAUAGUGUUCCUUCAGAUGAUUGGCAGGGCUCACAAAAUGGAGAUGAAAAAAUGUUUAGUGACUCAUCACUACUGGAGAAUCUUCAAAAUAAUCAUCCAACUGCACCUAUAAUAUGUGAGUUUUUGACAAUGAUGGCAGUGUGUCAUACAGCUGUUCCAGAAAGAGAAGGUGAUAAGAUUAUAUAUCAAGCAGCAUCUCCAGAUGAGGGAGCAUUGGUCAGAGCAGCAAGACAUCUUCGUUUUGUAUUCACUGGAAGGACACCUGACUCAGUAAUUAUAGAAUCUUUGGGACAUGAAGAAAGAUAUGAAUUGCUAAAUGUGCUAGAAUUUACAAGUUCUAGGAAGAGAAUGUCAGUGAUAGUUCGCACGCCAACGGGAAAGUUAAGACUCUACUGCAAAGGAGCUGAUACUGUAAUUUAUGACCGCCUUGCUGAAAGUUCAAAAUACAAAGAAAUCACCUUAAAACAUUUAGAGCAGUUUGCUACAGAAGGCUUAAGAACCUUGUGUUUUGCUGUGGCUGAGAUUUCAGAAAGUGAUUAUCAAGAGUGGUUAGAUGUCUAUCACCGUGCUUCUACAGCUAUACAAAACAGAGCGCUCAAACUUGAGGAGAGCUAUGAACUAAUUGAGAAAAAUCUUCAGCUGCUUGGAGCAACAGCAAUUGAAGAUAAACUACAAGACAAAGUGCCUGAGACCAUAGAAACACUCAUGAAAGCUGACAUAAAAAUUUGGAUACUUACUGGGGACAAACAAGAAACUGCCAUUAACAUCGGUCACUCCUGUAAACUUCUGAGAAAGAACAUGGGACUGAUUGUUAUAAAUGAAGGCUCUCUUGAUGGAACAAGGGAGACACUUAGCCAUCAUUGCAGUACUCUUGGUGAUGCUUUAAGGAAGGAAAAUGAUUUUGCUCUCAUUAUUGAUGGUAAAUCUCUGAAGUAUGCUUUGACUUUUGGAGUGAGGCAAUAUUUCCUGGAUUUGGCUUUGUCAUGUAAAGCUGUUAUUUGUUGCAGGGUAUCUCCACUUCAAAAAUCUGAAGUUGUAGAUAUGGUCAAAAAGCAAGUUAAAGUAGUAACUCUAGCAAUUGGUGAUGGAGCAAAUGAUGUUAGUAUGAUACAGACAGCACAUGUUGGUGUUGGUAUUAGUGGAAAUGAAGGUCUACAGGCUGCUAAUUCUUCAGACUACUCAAUAGCUCAGUUCAAGUAUUUGAAGAAUUUGUUAUUGGUUCAUGGUGCCUGGAAUUAUAACAGAGUAGCUAAAUGCAUCUUAUAUUGCUUCUACAAGAAUAUAGUCCUUUAUAUCAUUGAGAUCUGGUUUGCUUUUGUCAAUGGCUUUUCUGGACAAAUUCUCUUUGAAAGAUGGUGUAUAGGCCUUUACAAUGUGAUGUUUACAGCAAUGCCUCCACUGACUCUUGGAAUAUUUGAGAGAUCCUGCCGAAAAGAAAACAUGCUGAAAUAUCCUGAGUUAUACAAGACUUCCCAAAAUGCACUGGACUUCAAUACCAAGGUUUUCUGGGUACAUUGUUUAAAUGGCCUCUUCCACUCAUUCAUUCUGUUUUGGUUUCCACUGAAAGCCCUCCAGCAUGGCACUGUAUUUGGUAAUGGUAAAACUUCAGAUUAUCUGCUCUUGGGAAACACCGUUUAUACUUUUGUGGUUCUAACUGUAUGUUUGAAGGCUGGAUUAGAGACCUCGUAUUGGACUUUGUUCAGCCAUAUAGCUAUCUGGGGCAGCAUAGCACUCUGGAUAGUGUUUUUUGGAAUCUACUCUUCUUUGUGGCCAGUCAUUCCUAUGGCACCCGAUAUGUCAGGAGAGGCAGCUAUGAUGUUCAGCUCUGGAGUGUUUUGGAUGGGACUUUUAUGUAUUCCCAUGACAGCUUUGCUUUUUGAUGUAGUAUACAAAGUAGUAAAAAGAGCUACUUUUAAGACACUGGUAGAUGAAGUUCAGGAAUUAGAAGCAAAGUCUGAGGAUCCUGGGGCAGUUGUACAUGGCAAGAGCUUAACUGAAAGAGCCCAACUACUGAAGAAUGUUUUUAAGAAGAACCAUGUGAACCUGUAUCGCUCUGAUUCUCUGCAGCAAAACUUGCUCCACGGCUACGCUUUCUCUCAAGAUGAAAAUGGAAUUGUUUCCCAAUCUGAAGUAAUACGAGCUUAUGAUACCACAAAACAAAGGCCUGAGGAAUGGUGAAAGAACACACUUCAAUAUUCAGGCCUUAUAAAUUGCUUUUGUGAGACAGACUACUAGAUCUUUGCUGGGAGCUGCGACCAUAGCCCAAUUAUCAGCAAUUUUAAGAUCUGUGAUGGUCUUAUUCCAUACAGUUUGGAUUUGUGUAUUCAGUAGACAUAAGCACUGUGCAACUAUACUGUAAACACGACAUCUCUAAAUUUUUUUACCGGGUAUUCGCUUAGCCUUUGUAAACAGAUUGGAAUUUACCUUAUAUCUUGCCAGCUUGCUUAUUUUACAAUGAAAUUGAAUCAAUACUGGUUAUAUACUUGGAAGGUAAUGGUCAGAUUGCUAAACAUACUUUACAUUGACAGACCAUUAGCACCUGUGAAGAUUUUUAAGUGGCAAUGUAUUUAAAUACAGUUGAUAACAAGCCUUCGAUUUCAACAAGUGCUGAAAAAAUAGUAUCUUAAUGGUGUUCACUCACCUUCUUUAAGAAAGAUUUUGAGUCAAAGAUGUUUAUAGUUGUUUGUGUCAAACUAGCCUAAAAACGCUUGCCAAAGAAGUUCCAUAAAUUUUUUCUGUUGUCAGAAAUACUUUGAAAGGAAAUGAACUCCAGUCCUGAUCUCAGAACUGCAUGCUUGAGUCUUUGCACUUGCAGAGAAGGAUUUACAGUGCAGCGCAUCUAAUGUGAGUGGCCUUGAUGGCAUUUGCUUUCAAAAGUGCAAGUAUUGCACCCAUGGCCUUAUAGAAUUUUUUCCCUUAUUUUCAUCUAGUAGUGCAUAUGUUGAAAAUGGCUGCCACCUUGUAAAAUUGAGUACACAUUUUGUUCAAACUGUAAAGAAUUGCACUGCCUUACUUCCCCUAUCAAACCUUAAUUUUUUUUCGAUUUCAUUUGAUAGUCGUAUCUGCUUAUACAGUAGGUUCAGUGGCAAGUUUGUUAAUUUAUUUUUAAAAAUUAGUCACAUUUUCAAUCUUUUUAUACUAAAAUAAUGCAUACAUUGAAAUACAGAGCAAAGCAUGCCCUGCAGUAGUGUGUGGCAUGUACUGUUUUAUUUGUGCUGAAGCUACUUCCUAUAAAGAUCUGAAAUAACAUUUCAGCAGUCUCUUUCAAAAACACUGAUCAUGCAAAAUACCUAUACGUGCACCUUUAAUUAAAAGCAGAGAGGAAGUGACUGCAGAGAAAGAUACACUUAUGGUUUUUAUUUAAAAAAAGGAUAAUAAAAAAUUUUAAAAAAGAUGGAAGGGAAGGGGAGCUAAAUUAAAAGUCUCAUAGUAAGAAUAUGGUGAUAAUAGUGUUUUUAGGUAGUUGUAGUUGGCAUUUCUCAGCCUGCCUCUCAGUGGCCAUCAGGAUUCAAACAAUAAAAAGCUUUUUUAACUUUCAGAGUUUAGUUAAAUCUUGUAGCUUUUCUGAUUUUAAAUGACAUCAUAAUUACAUCUAGAAUACAUUUUUCCAUAGAAACAGGCACUUUUGUUUUUAAUUAAAUUUCAGUGCAUUGUACAGAACUGAUACUUUUUUCCCUUGAAUGGAGAUCAGCUAAAAGGAAAUGCAGAACAAUGACAUCCUUAAUGAUCUGCUAGAUUAAGAAUUUCCUCUUGCUCUCCAGUUCGGCCAGUUUCAACUUACAAGCAACAGGCCAUAUAUUUGCAUCUCUUCUCUCCUGUCCUCAGUAAGUUUUAGAAAAUCUUAUAAUAUCACUUACUAGAGGUGAUUUCAUCUGUCUGCCUUUCACCUGACACUUAACAUGUAACUUCAUUGCACUGUUCAGUUUCCUUGUGCUCCGUUCUAAAAGAAGCUUACAAAUACAAAACAGAACCCCAAUAACAAAAACGAUACGAAAGUACAUAUUUCAGAAGGCGUAUCAGUGGAAGGCAGUCUGCAUUUCAUAUGCAUGUUAUGCAGUGUCUUCCUCCCAUUUUCUCAGAGUGAUCUCUAAACAGAAGAGAAAACAAGACACAGGGACAAAGGGGACGUAUCCCACUAGAAACAGUACUGCCAGUCAGUCAUGCAGACAAGAACUGCCUUCAGAAAAGCCAUUUCAGGCAGAGAUAAAUAGAUGGAUCAAUAUGGGAGGGGCAAAUCACUUGACCUGAGGCAGGAAGAAAAAAUUUGGGGGCAUGGCCCUUUCCUGAAACAGGGAUCCCUCUUUUCUGUCACCAAAUGGACAAUGGCCAACUUGAAAACAUUUCUGAAAUUAACCAUGAUACUGUUUUUCUUUUAUAAAUGUCCCAAUCCAUCCAUUCUUUCAUUCUAACUUUUAUGAUUUUUCUGCUCUGGGUGGUUUAUUUACGGGUUUUGCAGAAAUUACAUGAGCACUAUAAAUUUGUUGUGAUAUAUUGUGAUAGUUAUUCUUCAUAUUUAAAAUAAAGUGUUGCCCCAGUGUAGAAGCUUGUUGAAAAUGACACACAGCAUAACCCCCAUUUAUCUGUAUUUAAAAAGUAACUGAAACAGCUCUAAAUUAGACUGUAAUUUAAGUUUUUUAAGAGUCUUGUCACUGUUUCAUAUUUAACAUCUUUACAGAAUUCAAAUUUCACGAAGUAUGUUUUUCACUUUAUUGUAGUGUUUUUCUUUUUUCUCUAUACUUUUCCCACGUGCUGCAUCUUAUGUAUUGUCUGAAAUUAGUGGUAGGAAGAUUCUGCUUCGUAGAGUCAGUAAAAAAAAAAUGUGACAAUUCUAACCAUGUUUUGUUUUUUUUUUACAUUUGUGUACAACUGCAUUCUAAAAUAUGAGAUCAACCUAUCUAUGUGUGCCCACUUUUUAAAUCAGAUCAAGAAUACAAGAUGCACUUUAUUUUCCUGUUAAGUACACAGUAAAGUGGUCUGUUAUCGUCUGAUUUGUUCAUCCUGUCUUUGUUAAUGUAAGGGGAUUGUGCAGAUGUUUGUUAAAUAUAUAUACAUAGAUAUAUAAGUGAUUCAAAAGAGUAACUGGAAACAAUUUUAACAAACUUAUUGCUAACUUGUAUUUGGAAACUUUUCUUGCCAGUUCCUAAUUUUACACUUAUUUUUGCAAGGCAGUUUCAACAGAUUUAUACUUGAUCAUCAUUCUAUUUGUAUAAAAAAGAUAAAAUAUUUUGAAACAAUAAGAGAUGAAAAUUCCUAUAUGCCCACAUCCAUUCAUAAAAUCCCCUGUAUCACAGAGAUGCGUAUAAAGUGUCUUAGGGCUUUUCGUUACAUUUAAACCCAUCUUGAAUGAGUAGUGAUUUGGAACGUGUUAAAUUUAAGGAGAGAAGUUAUUUUCCUGUUUUCUUCUGUGUUGUGUAAAAGCACUUGUAGUUCUGAUGAAUUUGUCAUUUUGUCUGCAUGAAGUGAUAUUUUUUCAGUGUUCUGAGGCAAUGCAUGGUGGUUGCUCUGCCCUCAUUUUUACUGCCUUCGUUAAAAGUCUCCUCAUAGUAUAGCCAGAAGCUAGCGCUGUGUAAGCAAAUGAGUUUGUCGUUUCCAUUUUCUUGGUACUGAAUGUUUUCACUGGUAGCAAACUCAACAAAUGAGUGGCUCCUUCGCCCCCCACCCUCGCUCCCCCAGUUUGUUCGCUGUUAACCAAUAGAUCUUCAUUAAACAAAGGAAUAUUUUAGCAUUCCAAACCUGGUUCCUGCUUAUGCAAGCCGUUACUCACAUAAGCUUCAAUUGGGCUGCUCGUAAGUAUGAGGGCUGCUCAGCUGAGUAACGGCGUGCAGAGUUGGGCACGUAGGAGGGUUGGUACUUUUGGAGGAUUGCUUAAAUGAAAGCAUUUCCCUAAAUAGUAAUUUGUAAUUGCAAAGCUGUGACCAGAAUAAGUUUUGGGGUUUUUUUUAAGUUAUAUUUUAUUGUGUUUCUUCACUGUAGAACUGAAGCCAUAAAUGCACUGAUAUUGCUUUUUAAUACUUCAACUUAAUUUUCCAUUAAGAUUUUCAGUGUUUGAUAUGUAUGAACUGCUGCAGAAAGUGGUCGCUGUGUACAAGCAAAAUCUGCAUUCGAGGCAAAGUGAGGUUUUACAGCCCCACUGAGCCAUUACUGCUGAAACUGUUGUGGAAACUAUGAAGCUGCAUGAACGAAGACUUCUUGAAUCGGUGUUUAUGGUAGUUUCUCAGGUUUCGUUUUAACUGGAUGUUAAAUGCACUGUGUUUUAUAGUUAUUCUCUUUUAGUAACACAUUUGGUUCUAUGCAGUGUUACAUGUCAUUUAGCAUUUGGUGAAUGUGCAUGUUUUGAACUGCAAAUUUUAAAUGUUUUGUCUUUUAAUUGUUAAAAAAUAAUAAACUUUGCCAUUAAUGAA